AUGGAGGAAAUAAAUUUAUUGGAAAAUUCGGAUCUUCAAACAAAAGAAUUCAGUGAUGAUUUCCAAAAUGAAGGAGUUUGUAAGUUUUUAUUUAAACCUGAUCACUAUGCCCUUUUUUGCAAGUUAAAGGAGCUUGUAGACAAUGAGUCUUCUGAUCUUGAUUACAUAGACAUUUCAACACAAGUCAUAGAUUUAAACCCACAACAUUAUACAGCAUGGUAUUUUAGAAGGAAAAUCAUUCGUGUAAAUUAUUUUGAAAAUGAGACUGAAAAUAAAAUGGAGUUUCUUAGAGAGGAAUUAAGAUUCGUUAGAGGUAUUUGUGAAAGGACUCCAAAAUGCUACCAGUCAUGGUGGCAUAUGAGAAUAAUUAGAGAAUGGCUUGGAUUUGAUAUUGAGGAAUUGAAGUUCAUAAAUAAACAAUUAAAAAGUGACGCAAAAAAUAUGUAUGUUUGGAAUCAUAGGACUUGGUUUAUUAGAAAAUAUAAUUCCAUUGAUAGUGAUUUAUUUCUUAAAGAGUUGGAUUUUGUCUCAAAAAUAAUAACGGAAGAUUGCAGAAAUAAUAGUGCUUGGUGUUACAGAAAUUUUAUUUUCACCAAUUUGAAGAAGAUGAAUAGAUUAAAAGAGUCAGAUUUUCUCGAGGAAGUUGAUUACAUAGUUAAUUGGCUAAUAUUUGCCCCACAUAAUGAUUCAAUAUGGAAUUACAUUAUUUCAUUCUUUAGCAAGAUAAUGGUUAAUGAGAAUUUUAACAAGGAAACUUUAAUUAAAAAUUUGAGUUUUGAGCAAGUACCAAAGAAUUUCAAAGACGCAAUUGAAGAAAUUUACGUUAAUCAUUACGACAGUUGUUACCAGGUAGUAUAUAUUAAGGCUUGUAUGGCAUAUGAAGAAGGUGAUAAAGAUUUUGUUUUGAAAGCUUUUCAACUUUUACAGGGUGUAGACCCAAUUAGAAGAUUUUACUGGAAGUGGAGGGCUAAGAAUUUAAAAAUUUGA